GUGAUUUUAUUUUAAGAAAAAUAAUGUUUUAUUAUCCUUAUAACUGGGAAUCAUUGGGUGACAAAAAUAGCCACGCAUCGUUGAUUACCGGAUUUGGUUCAACCUCUACUAUUUCUUUGGCCAACAAUAAUUUAUUUCCAUAUAAUAUUCACGCCUUCAACCCUUAUUCUACGGCGAAAUACAACGAAAUUCAUCAUCGAGUUAUUCCUAACGGUGUGAACGACGAGAAUUUUGCUAGACGAAAGCAGAGAAGAAAUCGUACUACUUUCAGCUUAUAUCAAAUUGAAGAACUCGAAAACAUAUUCGCCAUCACACAUUAUCCAGACGUGUUUACCAGAGAAGAUUUAGCCAUGAGAAUUAACCUGACUGAAGCCAGAGUUCAGGUUUGGUUUCAAAACAGGCGGGCUAAAUGGCGUAAAACCGAAAAAAACAAAAAACAAACCAUGGAUUUUGUUCUAAACGACGAAACGUCUUUGAAAGGUAACCUGAGCGAGACGGAAGUUACUGACAUCUCAAAAUGUGAAGAUACUAUACCUUUCGAAAAUGAUAUUCGACCUUUGAAGAACUCCGACCAUUCGAUAUUCGCUCCUAAAAAGUGUGAAGAUAUCGAUAACUUUAAUUCAACUUUAUCUCCUUUGUCCAAAGAAUAUGAUGAUAUGUGUGAUAAUACCUACAAGCAGCAAUUCACAAUCUCCGACAAUAUCAUAUCCUACAGUGACAUGUUCAUUAAAAAGAAAUCUGAGGAAACCGACUUUAGGAAUAAAGUAUAUUCAACUGUGUCUAAUUGCGCAAGUAAACAGUUAGGAUCGGGAGAAUCGAAUAUCGUAAAUUAUCAAUCAACUGAUAAUAUCUCCCCGUACCCUCUUCGAACUAAGAGCCUAGCUCUUUCAAACAAUUUUUCCAUAUCUAAAUUAACAAACGAAAAUUUGCUUUCGGCUGCGAAUUAUUGGCUUUAUUACCCUUCCAAAAUUAGUGGAUCAAAUUCAUGGGCUAAUACGAUAUUACCCCGCCAUUAUUUUCCCCCAACUUACCAUUCCUAUUUGGGCACUAAUUACGAUCAUAUGUUACAAAUGAUGAACUCAGGGAUAAAUUGUAAUAAACCCGUUAAAAAAAUCAAAGCGGUGAAGACUGAUGCAAUUGGUAAUUUUGAAAACAGGAAAGGUACUUUGAAACAUAAAAUAAUCAAUCCAAUCUCAACAUACUAUAAUAAAAAUUGUUUAAAUACAAUGGAUUACCAAGAAGGUCUUUAUAGAACAAACCUGAACUAUUUUAACCAUAGUUUGUGCUCUAAAUCCAAUAAUUAUUUUUCGGGAUAUCAAAAUGGAUCCCUCUACAAAGGCAAAAAAAAAUUCUUACGACCCUGGAAGAUAGUUGAAAAGGACAAAAAUUCCAUCAAAAUCAAAGGAGAAAAAUCAGAUUGA